AUAGGGCUUGUCUUUGCUGAGAGAGCAUCUUGGACUUCCUAUCCUUCUAACCCUAUCCCCUCUCCUUUCCCAUAUAACCCAUACACAUCCUCUGCCUUGCUCCAUCAUCCUCUUCCUCUUGUUUUUCUUGCUGCUUGUCCCUAUCUUUUUGUUGCAUUGAGGAGCUGAUGAGCUGAGCUAAUCAGGGCAGAACAAAGGCAGGAGGAUAUAGUUUUCCAAGAUCCUAGGGCCGGCCUGCAUCAAAAAGAAGGAUGCAUCCGAGCGGCGGCGCGCUGUCGGUGCCACCGGGGUUUCGGUUCCACCCGACGGACGAGGAGCUCCUCUACUACUACCUGAGGAAGAAGGUGGCCUACGAGGCCAUAGAUCUCGACGUCAUAAGGGAGAUCGACCUCAACAAGCUCGAGCCCUGGGAUCUCAAAGAUCGGUGCAGGAUAGGGACGGGGCCUCAGAACGAGUGGUACUUCUUCAGCCACAAGGACAAGAAGUACCCGACGGGGACGAGGACGAACCGGGCGACGACGGCGGGGUUCUGGAAGGCGACGGGGAGGGACAAGGCCAUCUUCCUCGCCAACGCCUGCCGCAUCGGCAUGAGGAAGACCCUCGUCUUCUACGUCGGCAGGGCGCCCCACGGCAAGAAGACCGACUGGAUCAUGCACGAGUACCGCCUCGACCAAGACAACGUCGAUGUCCAGGAAGAUGGUUGGGUGGUGUGUAGGGUAUUCAUGAAGAAGAGCUACCAGCGAGGCCUCAACCCGGCGGACAUGGCGGCGGUCGACGACGACGACCUCCUCCACCACCACCACCACCCCUUCCCACCGGCCCAGCUCCACGGCGGCGCCGCCGACCACAAGCACGACGGCGCCGGCGGCCACCACCACCACCACCUCAUGCAGCCGCACCACCACUACGACGACUUCCCUUCCUUCGACCCCUCCAUGCAGCUCCCCCAGCUCAUGAGCGCCGACCAGCCGCCGCCGCCACCGCCGUCCCUCCUCCCCGGCGUCCCACCCUCCGCCGCCGCUGCCUUGAGCUCCCUCGACGUCGAGUGCCCCCAGAACCUCAUGAAGCUAACGUCGGCCGCCGCCGGAGGCGGUGCCACCGGGCUGCUCCACGCCGGCGGCGACCACCGCUUCGCCACCGCCGCCACGGACUGGUCCAUCCUGGACAAGCUCCUCGCCUCGCACCAGAACCUGGACCAGCUCUUCCAGGGCAGGGUCAUCGCCGGAGCGUCGUCGCCGGCUGCCAUGGCUGCUCCUAGCCACCACCAGCAUCUCAUGGAUCAGCUCGCCGGCGGCGGCGGCGGCACCGCCUCGUCGUUGCAGAGGCUUCCACUGCAGUAUCUGGGGUGCGAGGCAGCCGACCUGCUCAGGUUCUCCAAGUAGAGAGAUUAUCCCUCCAUGCAUGCAUGGAUCACUUGAACUAAGCUAGCUUAAUUAGCUGCCACCGAUAAAUGAGCAGUUGAUGAUGGUGAUGAUGAUCUGAAUGAUCAGCUCAUGUUUUUUUGGUUAGACUGGUUAAUUUGAUCUUCCUUUUGGUAUGGAGCUUAAUGCUUCCAAGUGUAUAUACACUCUAUGCUAUGCUAUGCUAUGUUUUCCCAUGUGCAUGCAUGCAAAUGUGGCUUUGAAACCUAAUUAUACAUGCAUGAGAAUACUUAAUUAAUAUUUCUGAUUUUCCCAUGCAUUUUUGG